UGCCGGGCCGCUUCAAGACGGCUCGCGUGCGCCAUGGCCGUCCCGUGCGCUCUGAUCACCAGCUGUGCUGCGGGCUUCCCCGGGGAGGAGCUGGUGAAACGUAUCACCGGAGAAGAAGAGCUUCCUGAGCAUGUUGCCGCAGAGAGUGGAGCCCGGUUUUAUCCCUGGACGAUCGACAACAAAUACUACUCAGCUGCCAUCCAUCUCUGCGUGGUGGCAAACGUGUUUCAGGUGACGGCGGACAUUGCUGAGUCGGUCCAGGCUUUUUUGGUUUACUUCGACAGCACAGCAAUAUCUGGGCUGGAUGCUCUCUCUCAGUGGCUUCCUCUUGUAGAAGACUGGCUACCAGAAGUGAUGAUCUUGGUCUGUGACAGAGUCUCUGAACACGGCAUCACCCGCCAGAAAGCCCAGGAGUGGUGCAUCAAGCAUAGCUUUGAGUUGGUGGAAUUCAACCCAGAGGAGCUUCCAGAUGAGGACGAUGACUUUCCAGAAUCUACAGGAGUGAAACGAAUCAUCCAAGCCUUGAAUGCCAACGUCUGGUCAAACGUGGUGAUGAAAAACGAGGCGAGUCACAGCUUUGGCCUUUUUCCAGCCUUAGCAGGGGCAGAUCGCAGGAUCGGGUCAGAAGAGAACGAAACUCCAGAAGCCAACUCUUUGCCGGCAGAAAGGGCACAGUCUGUUGUGGAUUCAGAAGAAGGGGUGGCCUGUGCCGAUGGAAUCCAGGCUGACCCCACUGCUGACCCAGCGCUGGACAUGGAUAUUCAAGAGCUUGCUAGCCUCACCGCAGGAGAAGGUGACAUUGAGAACUUUGAGCGACUGCUCUCCAAGCUGAAGGAAAUGAAAGAAAAGGCCGCCACCCUGCCUCGCGAACAAAGAAAGCUGCACGCCGAAAAGGUUGCCAAAGCCUUCUGGAUGGCCAUCGGAGGAGACCGAGAUGAGAUCGAAGGCUUGUCUUCUGAGGAGGACAACUAAGGAUGGGCUGCUGCAGACUGGGAUGGGGUACGCGUGUUGGAAGGACAGCAGGGGUCAGCUGCCGCCAUGGUUUUGCCAAAGGCCCCAUUUUCUCUGCAGCAGCAGCAGAGACUCGGGGGUGGGGGGCGCUGGAGACCUAGUUC